GGGCACCGCUCUCCAUCUCUCCCCAGGAGGGAGCAGGACCCGCGUCCCCCCUGCAGUGCUGGCAGCUGGUGUUGAAUCAGACCCGCCAGGCCGGCCGGGACCACGGGGCCCUGAGCGAUAUUUACGCAGGGCCCCUGACGCUGCACCUGACCCAGCUCAGCGAGGAUCUGGGGCGCCUGGUCAAGAAGAGCCGAGACCUGGAGCAGCAGAUGCAGGACGAGCUGCUGACGAUGAUUUCUGAGCUGCAGAUGGUGAGUAUGGGGGUGGGGUGGGGCGGCAGCAGCGAGAUAUGGGGGGUGGGAACAGCCAUCGCCCCCUUUGCCCCCCAGGUGUCGGAGGUCCAGGCCGUGGGGUCCCUGCGCCCGGAGCUGCUGCUGCAGUGGCAGGCCAUCGAGACGCGGCUGAAGGACCUGAGCCUGGAGACCGAGGAGGUGAACAAGACGCUGCAGGCGACGCUGAGCAGCUUCCGGGAACUGCUGGGGGCGGAGGAGCCCGAGGUGCUGGAGGCGUUUGGGGGGCCGGGCUCGGCUGAGUCGCUGCGGGGGGCCAGUGCCGAGGGGCGCAGUGGGGCCAAGCGACGGGCCCAGCAGCUGGAGACAGAGACCUUCUACCUCACGAAGCUGGAGCUGUUCCUGACGCGACGGAGCAUCGGGGCGAAGUUACAGUCGAAGCUGGAGACGCUGGGCGAGGCCAUCGCGAAGGCAGCCGCUGAGGACGGAGAGGAGCUCAGGGCCCUUCCACGCGCCUCCCUCCCCCGCGUCCCGGCCGCGUUCGCCUCCUUCCCCACAGACCUGGAGGACUUUGUGCAGAAAUCUGGCCAGGCUGUCCCGCUGGUGGUGGAGAGCUGCAUCCGAUUCAUCACCCUGCACGGUCUCCAGCACGAGGGGAUCUUCCGGGUGCCGGGAUCCCAGAUGCGAGUGACUGAAAUCCGGGAGGCCUUCGAGAGAGGCGAGGACCCGCUGGCGGGUGGCUCCUACCCCCGGGACCUGGACUCGGUCGCCGGGCUCCUGAAGUCGUUUUUUCGGGGGCUGCAGAAGCCCCUUUUUCCGCCGGACGGUGCCGUGGGCGGGGGGCUCAGCCUCUGCCUUUCCCCCCCCCCCAGCGUGUCCCAGCACAGCGAGGAGAACAUGAUGAACCCCUACAAUCUGGCCGUCUGCUUCGGGCCCACGCUGGCGGCCGCCCCCCCCGGCCUGGACCCCGUCUCCACCCAGCCCCACGCCAACGAGGCCGUGAAGUGCCUGAUCCUGUACCCCGAGGCCACCUUCCCGCCCCCCGACCAGCUGCCCGGCCCCCUGUACGAGCGCUGCCUGGCGCCGCCCGACGAGGACGGGGAGACGAUGCCCCUGGACCCCGCGGCUGAGGAGAGCGAGGGGGAUGGGCCCCCCGAGACAUCGACUGUGGCCAGUGAGGAUGGCCCGCAGGGCCCCCCCGAGGCCGUGGCCCGGUUCUCCUACGAGGGGCGCUCGUCCCAGGAGCUCUCGUUCCAGCCGGGUGACCGGAUCCGGCUGCUGGCCAAGGCCUCCCCAGACUGGUGGCGUGGGGAGUGGGGGGGGGCCCGUGGCCUGGUUCCCCACAAGUACAUCAGCCUGAUCCCCAGCACCGGGAAAAGCCGGAGUCGCCGAACCUCGGGGUCGGACGGAGAUGCCGGGUCUCCCCCAGCUGAGCCGACACCAGAGUCAAUCAGCAGCAGGCUGCGGGUGAACUCGGAGGGCAGCCGGGGGCGCCAGCGACCUGGGACCAGCCCCAUCCGCAAACUGGCUUCUCCCUUCAUCGACUCGGGGCGUCUGCCUUUCCCCCUUCAGCCCCCCAGUGCCCCCCGGGCUGUCGACAGGACGGAGCGGGGGGCUCUGGGGGUUGGCCUCUCCGGCAGAGAGAAACAAGGGGCCCCGGAGAAGCACGUGGAGAUGGAUAAGGUAAGUUUUGGGGGAUGGUCGGUCCUUGGACGGAUCCGAUUCAACUUAUUCAUGCAACAAACUGGCAAAUGA